CCACUGCGUUCGGCCUUUGCCAGGGUAUAAAAGCUAGGGCUCUGCGCUGAGGGGGCCAGCACGAUCCAGCCUAACCCACACGGCACAGCAAGCUGUACACGCAGAAUUCUCCUGAUCCCUCACCAUGUCUCAGACCGCCAAGUCCGCCUCCAGCCAGGGCACUGAUGUCAAGGACAAGGGAGCCCCUGCCCCCGCUGCCACCAUCAAGGCCACUAAGACCGGAGAACCCAGCAUUGGAAACUUCAGAAUCAUGCUGUUCGACCAGGAGAACUUCCAGGGCAGAAUGAUGGAGAUCCAGAACGAGUGCAUGAACGUGUGUGAACGCGGCAUGGACAGAGUGCGCAGUAUCAUCGUCGAGUGCGGCCCCUUUGUUGCCUAUGAGCAGACUAACUUCCGUGGGGAGAUGUUCAUCCUGGAGAAGGGAGAGUAUCCUCGCUGGGACACCUGGAGCAACUCCUACCGUAGUGACUGCCUCAUGUCCCUCAGGCCCGUCCGCAUGGACAGCAUGGAGCACAAGAUCUGUCUGUUUGAGCUCUCCGACUUCAAGGGCAAUAAGAUGGAGAUCCAGGAGGAUGACGUGCCCACCCUGUGGGCGCAUGGCUUCACCGACAGAGUGGGCAGCGUGAGGGUGCCCGGCGGAGUGUGGGUGGGUUACCAGUACCCCGGAUACAGAGGCUACCAGUACCUAUUUGAGUGUGGUGACUAUAGACACUACAACGAGUUCUGUGCCUUCCAGCCCCAGAUCCAGUCCAUGCGUCGCGUCAGGGAUAUGCAGUUCCACCAGCGCGGUUGCUUCAACCUCACCUCCGCCAGCAAGUGAGCGACCUCUGGUGGAUGCACGCUGUAACUGCAGCCAGCCAGCCAGUCCUCCCUCACUCAACCCGCCCAUCCGGCGCUUUUUAUUUCUCCAACCCUAUCCCUCCUAUCCUUCCCUUCACCCACCCUCAUCCCUCUAUCCUAAAGGGAUAGAACGACAGCAUCGUACCGACCGGAACAACCUAAAUGACUUUUUAUGAUGCCAAAUAAUAAACGUUUUGAAAAACCUGAA